AUGAAGCUUCUUUCUACACUUUCGCUGUCUUUGGGGACUUUGACGGCUGCCCAGCAAUUUGUGCCUCCUCCCAAAGGCCUUCAAGUACUGCAGUCGAGGCUCUUUCAAGGAGCAGAAAUCUCGUACAAAAAGACAUCUAUCUGCGAGACCACCUGUGGUGUCAACUCUUAUAGUGGCUAUGUGACUCUACCGAAGCAUUUACUCCCGGAUGCCAAAGACUGGGACGAUGAUGUGUCUGCACACCUCUUUUUCUGGUAUUUCGAGUCUCGAAACGACCCAUGUAACGCACCAACGUCGAUCUACCUUGGAGGAGGACCAGGAACAACCUCGUUUGACGGUGCAUCUGGUUUUCCAUGCCUCUUCAACCCUAACGGAAACUCGACUACCUUAAAUGAAUUCUCCUGGAACAACAAUGUCAAUAUGUUGUAUGUGGACCAGCCCAUCGGAACCGGAUUCUCAUACGCAAAACUGGCCAACGGGACUUUGGAAGUGCUCUCCCACACCUUUACCCCGUCAGAGGACGGUGAGGUUCCAGAGGUGAAUGUUACGACUUUUCAAGCAACUCUUGACGUCAGACUCCCUGAAACGGUCCCGAAAACUACUAUGAGUGCUGCAAGAACAUUUUGGGCUUUUGCUCAAGUUUGGUUCAACGAGUUUCCAGAAUGGAACACAGAGAGUGAUGAGAUUUCCUUAUGGACUUCAUCUUAUGGCGGCAUGUACGGACCGCAUUUCUUUUCCCAUUUCCAAGACCAAAACGAACUCAUCAAAAAUGGAACACCCUCUCUCGAAAAUGCAACGACUCUCAACCUCGCAACACUCGGACUAGACGAACCCGGCAUAGACUAUCGUGCCAUGGCAAUGGGGUACCCGACGUUCGGUCACAACAACACCUACGGAAUCCAGGUUUUGUCAGAAGAGGUGUACGAGGAGCUCAUGGCUCAGAUUGUAGCCCCUAAUGAAGGAUGCUACGCUCUCAUUGAUCGAUGCCGUGGGUUGGUAUCCGAAGGCGAUCCUGAGAGGUUUGGGAUGAACGAGACUGUGAAUGAAGCGUGCGUGGAGGCGACGAACAUGUGCUUUGGAGUGAUACAAGGCGCAUAUGGAGAACUAUCUGAUCGCUCCCCCUUCGACGUUACUGUUUCCAACGUUACAGUGCUCCCAUGGCACUACAUGGAUAAUUACUUCAACCAGGCCUGGGUGCAGCAGGAACUUGGCGUGCCUCUCAAUUUCACCGCCGACUGGGGACUCAUCGCCAAAAUCUUUCUUGGAGAAACUGGUGAUGCGAUGGUUGGUAGCUUUACCACAUUGGAAAAGGUGAUCAAGCGUGGCGUUAAUGUAGCCAUCGUGUACGGUGACCGAGACUACCGAUGUCCUUGGUAUGGCGGUGAGAAUGUCAGUUUGGCCCUGGAUUUCCAGGAUGCCGAAGGGUUCCGUUCCGCGGGCUACGCGUUCAUCACAACAAACUCGUCAAACAAAGCCGGCUUCGUACGAGAACACGGUAAACUCUCCUUUUCGCGCAUCUUUCAAGCCGGCCACGGCGUACCGGCUUACCAACCCGAAACCAUGUACAAUCUCUUUGAACGAGCCAUGUUUGGCCGCGACGUUGCCACUGGAAAGAUCAACCUGGCACAGAACGGGAACCAUAGCACCACUGGCCCGAAGAGUGUGGCAGAUGUGAGGAACAAUGUCACGGAGGUCUUGGAAAACAUGUGCUUUGUUCGUCUUCCGGAGAGCUGUACCGAUGAGCAGUUGGCUGCUCUGGCAAAUGGGACUGCUGUGGUGAAGGAUUGGAUUGUUGUUGAGCCUCAAGGGAAGAAGCCUAAGCCAAUGCAGCAGCACGGCGACAAGGGUGGGGAGGGUUUUUUCUCAAAGCGUACCUGUCAUUUUGCAGAACUGCUUCUCAGUUGA